AUGAGUAUUUCAAAUGAGAAUUAACAGAACUCAUUUAGUUUAUAAGAUGAGAUAUUUCAAGGUCCAACUCCGAUUAUGCUCUCUGGAAGGAUAAUUGUAGGAGAUGGAGAUUCAAGUAGAUUUCUUCCAGCAAGUUGGAAUUCAUUCACUGUUCCUGAUUAAAUGAAAUUAGCAGACAUAAGUUAAUAAUCUAUAUAAGCUGCACCUAUAGAGAUGCAUAAAUCAACAAAGGGAAUGAAAAGAUCUGAAUAUUAAUCAGCAUAUGUAGCAGAAGAUGAUGUUGAAUCUAAUGGGAAACCUUAAUUUCUUAAAUUAAUAAUAGCAAAGAGUAUUUAAAAUAAUUUCAUUCAUAAUCUUUGGAAUAGAUCUUACUUAAGGAAAUUGGAUUAAUUAUCUAGUUAUUAGGUUUAAGUUUUGGAUGAUUUAUAAUUAGAAAAUGAGACAUAUUAUCAAGAUUAGAGAAGAACUUUUACAAAAGUGGAAGCAAUUAAAAGAUUUUUCUCAUAUAUUGAAGUUUUUACACCUUAUAGUUAGUUUAUCUUUAUUUGGGGCCUUUUUUAAAUUUUAAUAUAUAUAUUGAUAUUUUUUUGGCUUCCUUAUAAGAUUUCUUUUAAAUUAGAAUCUAUAGGGGAUUUCUUAGGUUAUAAUUAAACAAAAUAAAUAUUAGAGAUUUUAUUUUUGUCUAUUCUUAGUUUAGAUGUUUUUGUAGGAUUGAAUUUAGCAUUUAUUUAUAAAGGAAUAAUAAUUAGAAAUAGAAAGAGAAUAAUUAUAAAUUAUUUUCGAUAAUAUGCCUUUGUAGAUUUGGUAUCUUAUUGUGAAUAUAUAAGUAUUCAAGGUUUCACUCAGUACUAUAACCCUAUAGUUUUUUAUUUUAACAAGUAAUGGAGAUUCCAAUUAAAUGUUAGCCAUUUAAAUAGCAUUAUGUGCUGUAUUUUAUGUUCUAAGAAUGACUAAGAUUAAUAAGAUCCUAGCAUAAAUAUAGGAGUAAUAAAUUAUAUAGAAUUUCUAGAUUUUUUAAUUUGUAUGGUUCUUUAAAUGAUUUGGUAGGUUUAAUAAAGUUAACAAUGAUAAUUGUAUUUAUAGCACAUAUUUGUGCUUGUGUUUGGCAUGGUAUAGCAUUUUAUAAUGAUGGUUAUUCUUGGUUAGAUGCUUAUGAAUUAAGAGAUAAAGGAAAUGCUUCAAAAUAUAAUACUGCAAUAUAUUGGGCUACAAUGACAAUGACAACAGUAGGUUAUGGAGAUAUAACAGCCAAGAAUAAUCUUGAAUUGUUAAUCAAUAAUUUAACAAUGCUUAUAGCUUCAAUAGUUUUUGCUUAUUCUGUAAAUAGUAUAGGAAUAUUUGUAUCUAAUAUGUAUAAAGGAGCAAUGGAAUAUAGUAGAAGUGUAACAUUAAUAAAUACUUUUAUGUCUAAAAAUAAAAUCUAAUUUGAAUUAUAAACAAGAAUAAGAAGUUAUUUAGAAUAUAUAUGGUAAGAAGAAUAAAAUAUGAAUGAUGAAGAAGUAGCAACAUUAAUUGGUAAAUUAAGUAGUAAUUUAUAAGAAGAAUUAUAAUAUUAAUUAAGAGGAAAUAUUUUGAGUAGCUGUAAAGUUAUGAUCAAAACUUUUUCUGAGAAAAUGAUAAAGUAAUUGUUGGGUUAAAUGGAGGAAUAAAGUUUCUCUCCAGAAGAAAGAAUAAUUACUAUUAAUCAAAGUGAUGAUUCAUCUUUAUAUAUAAUAACAAAAGGAGAAGUUGAAAUCAUUUUUGAAGGAUUAAACAAUUUAAAUGAAAAAACUAAAAGAAAUAGUUUAAAAUUCCUAACAUAAGGUGAUUAUUUUGGAGAAUUAGGAUUCUUUACUGGUUAACCAAGAAAAGCAACUGCAAUUUCAAGAGCAUUUACAAAAGUAUUUAAAAUUAAAAGAGAAAACUUUAUAAAAAUCUUACUAUCAUAUCCUAAUGAUUAUGAAAAAUAUUGUCAAUUAAAUCAUACAUUAAUGUAAUAAGAUUAUAGUGUACUAUAAGUAAAUUGUUAUAGUUGCUAAAGUAAUUAACAUUUAAUUGAUAAAUGUCAUUAUGUGCAUUUCUGUGCUGAUAAAGAAGCUAUAUUAAAAAGAGAACUUUAUCCAUAUGACUAAAAAAGAAAUAAAGUUAGAGGAAGAUAAGAAAGAGAUAAAGAAUCAAGUCCUUGGAUUAUAUAAAAGUAUAUUAUGACAAAAGCUAAAGAACUUUAGCAAGAACUAUAAUAUUUAGCUAGUAAAGGUACAGAUUUUGAAGAUUUGGAUCAACAUUCUAAUCUAAUAAAUGAUGUUUAUGAAGAUGAAGGUUUAUUAUUAUAUUUUAUUAAUUUUAGUUGAAAUUGAUGUUCCAUCUUCAUUAAAUCAAAGAAGUAAUUCAAGAACAUUUAGUAAACUAAGUUAAAAAUAGACUUAAUUGAAUUAAGUAACAGAAACAGAAGAAGAUGAUUCUAAAAAUUACUCAAGAAAGGUUGUAAUUCCAAGAACAACACUUUAAACAGCUGGUUUUGGAGGUGGAAUGAGAGAUAGUGCACAUGUUGAUAUUCUAAGAGAUGAUGAAUAUUAAGAAAGUUCUGAUGAAGAAUCUGAAGAAGAAAAAGAUCAAGUUCUAAUGUAAUUACCUAUUCCUACAAAUAAAAGCCAAGAAGCUAUUAGAAAUCAAUAAUCAAAAAUAACAUUUACUAGAAAAGAAUCAGCAGAGGAAAUCAUACCUCGUUCAUCAACUCAAAGAUCUCACACUUACACUUAAAAAGGAAGAAAUUCUUAAACUAUUAAAAGAACUUUGACUCCUGAAAAAAUAUAUCCUCCAACUCCAUCUGAUUUAGAAAUUAGAAAUAAUGCAAGAAGACCUACAUCUAAAAAAUAGUCAAAUGCUACCAGAACAUUUACUAGAAAUUAAGGAAGAGAAAUGACAAAUGAUGUUAAUCCUACUUCCUUUAUGGAUAAUUAGACUUAUAAUCAACAUACAUCUACAACAAUAUUAGCUUAAUUUGAUAAAAUGUAAACAUUUUUGUACUAUUUUCCAUUUAAUAAUUAUGAUUCAGUUAUAAAAAGGUACUUUAUUUCAUUUAUUUAUAAUAGAUAUACUAGAUUAUAAAAGUUUUUUGGUAAAAAAAGAUUAUAUCCAGAAUUUUCUAAAUUUUCCUUUUUUUUCAUGACAAUAAAAAAGGGAUGGAAAUUAAGAAAGUUAGGAGAUAAAUUAAGAGGAAAAACAUUUGCAGACACAAUGAAAAAACCAUUAUCUAAAACAAUCUAAAGCUUUAAGACUGUUAAAAAAGUAGUAAAUAAUACAACAGGAAAUGGUGGAGGUGGUACUUCCCCAUUACGAUUACAUUCCUUUAAAUGA